GGCGCAGCGCCCUUGGCACCGCCGGGGGCUGCCGCUGUCUGUCUCUUUUUCUGUCGUGCUGCCGACGCCCGCCUAAGGCCACCCCGCAGUCGGCGAUCGGCGCCAUGAGGAAGGGGCGGGCCCCGCACGGCUCACGGCCCGGCCCCGGCAGGGACGGUGUCGGGUAUGGCGCUCCCGGGCCCGCCCGCCACAGGGGAGCGCAGCGCGGCCCGGCCCGGCCCGGCCGUUUCCGUCCGCUCCGAAGUGGAAAGCGGAAGCGGUGGUGUGUGGCGGGGACCCUCGGCUCCGCGCUGUCGGGAGUAGCGGAGGCCCUCGGCAGUCCGUGGGAGUGGUCCCGGGACGGGGUCUGCGAGUCAAUACGCGCAGGUUGAUAAAACUCUGCGCGGUGUCACGGUGCCUCGAGGAGAAAUACUCUUCUUGAGUCCUGCACCCCCUAUUCAAACUUAACGCUGAGACCAACAAACAAGAAAUGAUAAAAUUUUUUCUUAUGGUAAACAAACAAGGUCAAACAAGGCUCUCCAGAUACUAUGAGCACAUUGAAAUUAAUAAACGGGCAAUGCUGGAAGCUGAAGUAAUCAAACACUGUCUCUCUCGUUCCAAGGAUCAGUGCUCUUUCAUUGAGUAUAAGGACUUCAAGCUGGUGUACAGACAGUAUGCAGCCCUUUUUGUAGUUGUUGGAAUCAACGAGACAGAGAAUGAGAUGGCAGUAUAUGAACUAAUUCAUAAUUUUGUGGAAGUUUUGGACAAAUACUUCAGCAGAGUGAGUGAAUUAGAUAUCAUGUUCAAUUUGGAUAGAGUGCACAUCAUUCUAGAUGAAAUGGUGCUAAAUGGCUGCAUCGUGGAAACGAACAGGAACAGAAUUCUUGCCCCUCUGCUUGUGCUUGACAAAGUGGCAGAAAGCUAGGAAGAUGCAAGACUGAUUACAGCAUUUUACAAGUGGUGAAACCAUCAAGAGAAUGCCAACAGCACUCAUCUGAUAUCCUAAGAUCAACUCAUGCAAUACUCAAAUUAGCUGGAAAGUAUUUCCUGUUUCUCCUAUACCCUACGUACCUAAUGGGAAGAUACAGCUAAACAAAGUGGAACCUUUCACUUCAGAUGCAGCUUUUCUGACACAGCAGGCAGCUUUCUAGAACAGUCAACAUUUCAAAAAAAUCAACUGGGGUUAAGUAAUGGCAACUUACACAUGACCGUGUAGGUAUCACUUGGAAUCACAUAGCUUUGUGCCAGACCCAGAAGAAGACAGAAAAUGUGGAAAUAAAACUCAGCUCUUCUAUAUAAAGUACAAAAAUAAAGUUGAUGCUUAAAAGGAA